AUGAAAGAGCAUGAUUUGGGAAAGCACUACCUGGUACCUGGGCCUGUGUACCGGGCCGUGCAGAGCAGAGACACUUUACCAGGCUCAGAGGUCACCCCAUACGAUCUCGCCAAGGUCCAGGAUGCACUGGAAACGGCGGAAAGGGCAGAGGGUGGUUUGUCCCUGGACGGUGGUGCUCACUACAUGAAAGAGCUGGAAGAAGAAGCAGUGCGGAGCAAAUACCAACACAGCGUCGGCGUCCUCAAACCUAUCCGCUCCACCAGCAACCACGAGCAUCUGGUGGACAAUGCGAGCCUCUUCUCCUUCAUGACCUUCAACUGGCUGACCCCGUUGGCUUUUCACGCCCACCGCAAAGGCCAGCUGCAGCUGGAGGAUGUGUGGGCCGUGUCCCAGUUUGAAAGCUGCAAGGUCAACCGCCACAGGUUGGCCGGGCUGUGGGAGGAGGAGCGCAGGGUGAAAGGGGACGAGGCGUCCCUGUGCGGUGUGGUCUGGGCCUUCUGUCAGACGCGCCUGCUUCUCUCCAUCCUCUGCCUCAUGGUCACCCAGCUAGCCGGGCUUCAGUGGCCCGGCUGA